AUGGCCGCCGAUGGACCAAAACCUGGGUUCCUUGGGAACAUCAAUCAGGACCAGAAGGCCAAGCUGCAGAAGCUCUGGGCAGUUUUGCUCAAAGCUAGUGAGCCUUUCAUAGACGGGGAAACAUCCAAUGGCUGCGUCGAAGAGCACCCCAGCUCUGCCCAGCCCCAGAGACGCCAAUCCCUCCUCGGCCGCACACAAAGCAAUGUUUCUGAUAGGUCAACCACUGGCCCUACUACACCCUAUGAGCAGAAUAUUUUGAAAUAUCUCGGUGAGAUUGGAGCAGGGGUGCCCGAGUGUAAAUCAAUUCAGAAGGCACUCUCCCAGAUUACGCCAAUCGAGCUCCGCACAGGAGUGCUCGAUACCCUAAAGCAUGACGACCCGGAUGCCAUGCUGUUGCGAUUUCUAAGAGCUCGAAAGUGGGACGUGACAAAGGCAUUUGCCAUGAUGAUGGACGCUAUUGUAUGGCGGGUAAAAGAAAUGCGCGUGGAUGAUGAUGUCAUGGCUAAAGGGGAAUUACAUGCCCUCAGGCAAGCCCAAAAUACAUCAAGCACAAGCGAUCAGAAAGCCGGAAAAGACUUCUUGUCACAAAUGCGUAUGGGAAAAAGCUAUGUGCAUGGCGUUGACAAGGUUGGCCGCCCGAUUGUGGUAGUGAGAGUUCGCCUGCACAAGCCAGGAGCUCAAACCGAAGAGUCAUUAGAGCGCUAUAUUGUGCAUGUUAUCGAGUCAGUGCGGCUGACCUUGUCUCCUCCAGUCGAAACUGCUGCUGUGUUGUUUGAUAUGACCAACUUUGGAUUAUCGAACAUGGAAUAUCCGCCAGUCAAGUUCAUCUUGAAGUGUUUUGAGGCGAACUACCCCGAGUCAUUGGGUAUCAUGCUCAUCCACAAAGCCCCCUGGGUGUUUUCGGGCAUAUGGAAACUUAUCCGAGGAUGGAUGGAUCCUGAGAUUGCUGCCAAGGUCCAAUUCACAAAUAGUGUUGCCGAUCUUGAGAAAUUUAUUCCUCGUGAUCAGAUUGUGGAAGAGAUGGGUGGCGACGAGAAGUGGUCUUACGAAUAUGUCGAGCCCGACGUCCAUGAAAAUGAUCGGAUGAACGAUACCACGACCCGUGAUGCCCUGAAAGCGGAGCGCGAAGCCAUUGGGGAAGAAUUUCUCUCCGCGACCUCGGGAUGGAUCGAUGCCUGCAAAUUAAAAGACACCAGCAAAGUUCAAGCCAGUGAAAGUGAGAGAGCUUAUUUAGUGGAAAGAUUGAGAGUCAAUCACUGGAAGCUUGACCCUUACGUUCGAGCUCGUCUUUGCCUGGACCGAACGAGAGUUAUCCAGGACGGUGGGAAUAUUGACUUCUAUCCUAAACACGUCCCUGUCGAAAUUCAGGUUGCUGAAACAACGAAGAUGUCGGAAGUGCAACACCUAGAGAGGGUAAACCAGAGUGCUGCGCAAACCGCUGUUUCUUAA